UAGCUUCGACUUUCCCACAGUCACAGUUCAACUGUUGAGCGAAAUGAGUGCAAUUGAUUGGAAGCCAGACCCUUCCUUAGAAAAUAAUGAUGAUGACCACCGGGCGUUGAAAAAGCAGAAAAAGAAGGCGGAAGGUAGAUGUGUUUCGACUAGGAGGUACACUAGAGUCCCCUUCAAAAUAAUCGCUGCUUUAGCAACUGUCUACGUAAGCAUUUUGUCUUCAGAGCGAUACUUCUAUUACUGGGUGCAGACCUCCAUAGAACGUACCGAUAUGCAUGUGUCCGAGAUCGAUUUUCCAGCAGUGACCAUUAUCCCGAUUAACUUUACCUGUGUAAAUGUUUCAAAGAAAUCGCAACGGUUCUCCAAGGCCUAUAAUUUGAUCCAGUCCUUGAUCUGGCAGACUCCAAUGUCAGCCCGUUUGACCGAGGAGAAUUUUACGGAGUUCUCCGACUACGACAACUGGAACUUUCAGACCUGGGGAAUUCUCGAGUCCUGGCAGUUCAAUUGUAAGCACUUUUUCACGGAGUGCCAAUGGCGUCGCAAGGCAAUGAACUGCUGUGACAUUUUCCGGCCUAGAAAGACCUUUAAUGGGUUUGCCUUUGUGUUCAAUUCGAAUCUCUCCUCGGGAAGGGACGAAACCUGGCCUUGGUCCGUGGCUGCCAGUGGCGCCUAUAGCGGUUUAAAUGUGAGGAUUAGAAGGCAUUACAGCCAGUUUACAAUAAACACUCUGGGGGUUAUAGUACACGAACCAACUCAGUAUCUGGGUGUGAGUAUAGACUAUUCCUCAGAGGACCGUAUCGUGAUUCCCGUAGAACCACUUCGGUUUACCGCCGAAUUAGAUGUUCGGGCCCGUCCGGUUAAUAUGCGUCGCUGCUACUUCGAGAACGAAGUCACACUGUUAAAUCAAUCACGUUCAGAAUGCAUCUACAAGUGCCACAUAAACUACAUCUUUAUCAAGUGCAACUGCUCUUUAGAGUUACCAGAAGAUUACACGUUUAAUAAUGAAAAUUUUACCGAUGGCAAGGAAAAAAGCGGUCGAAGGAUUUGCGGUGUUAAGGAUCUACACUGCUUUAAUAAGCAUAAACUUUCCCUGUUUUCCAUGAGCAACAUCAUCGAAGAGUCCCGGGAUAAUGUAUUUACCACCGUUGAUUGCGGAUGUUUUCCCCAGUGUGAUCAUACCCAGUACCAUACUUCAACCUACACCGAAAGAUUAAGCACCCACGCCGCCCAUGAUGAAGAAAUCGAGAUAGAUGUGUAUUUUCAGGAGGAGACCCUGUUCUCCUAUCGCUCCAUGCUGCGUUUCACCCUCAUCGAUCUAAUGGUUUCCUAUGGAGGAAUAGCAGGUCUAAUCAUGGGUAUAUCGGUUCUAGGAUUCAUCAAUAACUUCUUGGAUCACUUUGCCUGUUGUCGUCUACCCCACGACUCCUAACUUGGAACUAUGAUAUCCCUACCUUUUGCAGCUGCGUUCUCACGUUUCUAUACUUACCUGUAAUCAAAUCACAUACAUAUACACUAUUCACCUGGUUCUUGGGAUACACACAUAUAUAAAUAAAAUGAGAACAAAAGCGCAUUAGGAAAAUCGUUUCGAGUUUAACUACCUGCGUAGGCAGUGGAAAAUUUUCAAUUGCGCCCCAACAAGACGAAACAAAACCCAGGGGUAUCGAAUGAGAACGUAUACAACUCCAAAGGUCUUGUUUACGUGCACUUGGAAAAUACAAAAAUAUCUUAAUAAUUUUAUUUGCUGCUUAAAAUAGUUAUAAAGUGUCAGUGCUAUUAAAGAAACAUCAAAUGCUAUCAUAAGAUUAAAUCAAACAGGAACUUUGAAAUAAUAGAUGUUUCUUAGAUCCCAUCAUUUUUGUUCAGUGCAUACAUACGAUCCUCAAAUCUGCUGCCUUUGCUAAAAAUUGUAAAAUUAAUCUUUAAAAAAAAACGUGCCAAUUUGCGAGAGAUUAAAGGGGAGCAGUCUUAUCAGCAUCCCAGCCCAUGGAGGUUAUUAGACGGCAUCCAGAAAUUCUUUGUUGUCCACUUGUCGUCACCAUAAAAGCA